GGGCUUUACUCUUGGUGCUGAGUGGUGCACGCGCAAAGAGGCGAGAUCAUGCUGUCAAUCGGGCUUAAAUCUUGCACUCCUCCUUCCCUCAUACUUCUGCUAAUCGCAUGGCUUUCGCGGCAAGCGUCUGGCAGCAUGCGAUUGCUUCAUCUCACGGCAAUCGUAUUGUUGGCAAGCUCAGUCCUUGCCGUACCGAUCUCCCCCGCAGCCCUUUCUCGCCGCGAACGCCUGAACACUACGGUACCUGGGAUAACUCCAAUUUCUGUAGAUAGUGUCGGAACGAAAGCGCAGAGCUUGCCAACAGUCGGCACAUGCAAAGCACUCUACUUCGACCCCAAACCAGAUGUGCCCUGUGGUGUUGUUGCGCGUCAGUUCGACAUUUACCUCACGUUCCCCGAAUACGACCAAGCCUCGACGGAGACAUGGUGCGAGUCCUUCCUCCAUGCCAACGGCAUCUGUAGGGCCGCUUCGACGAACUCUCCAUCUGCAUUCCCUACGUCCCGGGCAAGCACGCUAUCUGUGAGCACUAUUGUGCCUACGCCAGCGUCUGUAUCACCUGGUUCUGAGCAAUCAGGCGCCGCAAGCUCCGUGGCUAGCACUGAUGGCACUGCCUCGACCCCUGUUGCUGCUGUUGUUGGCCUAAACGGCUCGAUGGUCGGAGUGAUUGCUCUCACAACUGACACCGCGGCCACCAUGACACGUGGUCCGGUCGUGCUAGCCAGCGAACGUGCUGCCGAAUACAGUGCAACAGUGCAAAGGAACUCCAGUGCCUCAGUUGCCAGCUUCGAAGAGCCUGUACCUGCGUCCGCCACCAUCGACGAAACUGUCGAGAGUGCAGGCGCGUCAAGCCUCAACUACACACUGCUAUCUGCCAACACAACGCGAAUGAUCAACGUCACUGUUAGCAGCGGCAAUUCAACAAGUCUCAGAACCGUACUCGUCACGGCAGCACAGGUGGCGACGGGUUCUCAGGUAACUGGUACUGGCGUCACAGAUUUGUCUGCCAAUGCAGAUUCAUCGAACGCGACCUAUGCAUUGCGCGGAAGAGCGAGACGUCAAGCAGCUUUCGGCGCUCCUUCAUCGACGUAUCAGGUCGUGAAUGCGAAACAGACGGCUUCGACUGCGGUCCCAUCUUUGGUUGAUCUCGCGCACGCCUCAGGGAUUGUGAUCAACUCAGCAAUGGUGGAGCCCAUGUCGACUGAAGCUGCGAGCCCUUCGCCGCUCCCGCAACUACACAACGAGAUUCCCACCGGGCUGCCGACGCAUGCUACCGAUGCUACGCUGGGUAGCCCUACCGGUGUACAGGUCUCGUCCGAUGCAGGUGCUCUUUUCGCUCCGACCGCUACUCCAGUUGGCUUGAUGAUCAGCAAUACAACGACGACUGCCGCAGCGCUUGCAUUCCCUUCUACUGAGAAUGCCAGAUUGGAGCCAACUCACGCACCGAUGAACGGGCCCGAGGGCUGGAACAAGACUAUUACGUCGGGACGAUCUGGCACGACUCCAUCCCUUGCGAAGAACACCACCAACUCGUGCAUCCCUCCGCCUGGACCGAUCCCUAGCGGCGGUGCUACAAGCUGUUCCCAGUGGUAUGUCGUGGCGGAAGGAGACACAUGCGACAGUGUGGCAGCCAAGUUCGGAUCACAGGCGGAUCUGCAGACUUUGAACCCGACGUUGAACUCCGAUUGCAAGUCUCUUCUCGAGGGAUCUGCUUAUUGCGUAGCUCCGUGCGAUGCUUCAUCGGACCCGGACUCUACUCUGGCAUCGACGCCAUCCCGUCAUGGUGGUACGGACCACACGAGUGUACACAGCUAUAUGCCAUAUCAUGGCAAUGGUUCUGCACAAGAGGGAUGGCCGCAAAUGUCGGAGUGGUUGAGCUGGGAGGAAUUGGUGAAUGCAAAUAAAGGUAGACUGGCUGGCGCUUGCAAAUACUGGGGAGUCCCGGAGAAUUCCCCAGCAGAAAUCGACACUCUCCUCAAUCUCACUCCUCGGAUCUCAGAGGAAGGUGGCGUUGACCCACGAGUGGUUCUAGCAAUGAUGCUUCAGGAAUCGCACGGUUGCCUUCGUGUACCAGAGACUCAAGGAUCUCACCGAAAUUCUGGUAUCCUCCAAUCUCACAACGGCAACGGCACAUGCAACACAAACAUGAUCGAAGCCGGCGAACCAGGCCCCAUGAAAGACGCAAGUCUCGUCUCAACCGACUGUUCCUCCCGCCAGAUCGAAGCCAUGAUCCGCGACGGUAUCCUCGGAACUAAUGCCGGCCGCGGUAUCAUGCAAUUGAUGGAUCAAGAGGAAGGACAAGGCUACCUUGAUGCUCAAAUGUGGUAUCGCGUUGCACGAGCUUAUAACAGUGGGAGCGUGGAUGAGAGCAAUGAUCUUGAAAAGGGCGCUGCGACACAUGGCUAUUGCAGCGAUGUUGCGAAUAGACUUGUGGGGUGGCGGAGUGGGACUUCGGGGUUUGUGAAGAGGAGUAUGGGGUCUGUUUGA